CUUUAACCUCAUCUCGCCCAUCCUCUCUGCCUCGCUGUUUCCCCCGCUCCCUUCCCCUUUAUAUCCCUAUCGAUAACCGUCACAAUGGCCGGCGCCAUCGCUUCCGCUAUCUACCAGGGCCUGAUCCGCCGUAACGCGGUCUACCUGACCACCAUCUUCGCCAGUGCCUUCGCCUUCGAGCUGGCCUUCGACACUGCUUCCAACAAGGUCUGGGAUUCUUUCAACCGCGGCCGCCAAUGGAAGGACAUCAAGCACCAGUACCUCAACAAGGCCGACGAGGAGGACGAUGAGUAAAUACGGGUACAAUUCUCGCCCUGUCACAUACGAAAGAAU